AUGUUGUCUGGCAGUAUAGUGGUGGAUCGUCAGGUCAGGAAGAUGGCCAACAACGGCAGCAGAGGUGGUCUUCACAGUUCAGGUCUAGCAGUACAACUGCUCAAGGGAUCAAGAACACAGGGUCCCAAAGACAACAACAAAGGGUCCACGACAGCAGCAGGGUCCAAGACAACAACAGGGUCACGACAACAACAGGGUCCCGACAACAGCAAGUCCAAAGACAAGCAAAGUCCAAGACAACAGCAAGAUCCACACACAACAGCAAGACAACAACAAGGUCCACAGCAGCAACAGGGUCCAAGACAACCCAACAAGGUCCCACGACAGCAGCAGGGUCCCGACAGCAGCAGGGUCCCCAGACAACAACAAGGUCCCCAACAGCAGCAGGGUCCCCAAAUCAGCAACGGUCCGAGCAACAGCAAAGUCCCAAACAGCAGCAGGGUCCACGACAACAGCAAGGUCCAGACAGCAAGGGUCAACAGCAGCAAGUCCCUGACCAUAGCAAGAUCCCACGACAGCAGCAGCAAGGGUCCAACAACAGGGGUCCGACAGCAGCAAGUCCACAACAACAACAGGGUCCAAGACAGCAGCAGGGUCCCCAACAACAGCAGGGUCCAACAGCAACUGAGGUCCAACAACAGCAAGUCCACAGCAAGUCCACAACAACAACAAGAUACCACAAGCACAGGGUCACACAAACAGCAAGGUCCACCAACCAGAGGGUCCACGACAACCCAACAGGGUCCACAGCAGCAAGGGUCCCGACAGCAACCAGUCCCAGACAGCAACAGAGAUUCCAACAACAGCAGGAACGAACAACUGCUUAGAAUCCGACAUGGCAGGAGUCCAGACAGCAACAGGGUCUCAGACAGCAGCAGCAGGGUCCAAGUAGCAGGUCCCAGACAACAGCAAGUCCAAGACAGCAGCAGGGUCCACAACAGCAGCAGGGUCCCAGACAGCAGCAGAAUUGACAACAGCAAGAUCCAACAACAGGAGUCCACGACAGCAGCCAGGGUCCAAAGACAGCAGCAGAAAAUUCUGACAGCAGCAAGGUCCACGACAGCAGCAGGGACCCAAGACAACACCAAGGUCCGACAGCAGCACUGGGGUCCACGACAGCAGCAGGUCCAUGACCUCAACAGGGUCCACAACAGCAGGUCCAGCAGCACAGGGUCCGCACAACAGCAGGUCCACAAGACAGCAUGA